AUGGGCAUUGCCCCAGAUUUGCUGCCGAGAGAACUUCUUGCCCAAUGCCAGAAGGUGAUGAGCUCAUCGCCGGAUAUGCACAUGAACGGUGAGAACGGGUCCUGGGUCCUUUCAGUGUUGAAGAAAGCCUUCGCGGGAACCUCCUCGCUUGGAGCUACCACCGUGCUCCUCGCCGGCAUCGAGGACUGCCAGCGCAUGGCAGUAGUCACCCUGGGAGACUGCGCAAUGCUCUUGUUAAGGCCAACAAAUGGGGACAACCUUCGAAGCACUUUCCGCUCACAGCGGGUCAUGAUGGGUGAGAAGACCCCGGCGCAGGUGCUCCGGCUGCCUCACCAAGUAACGGGUGAACAGAAAGAGUUGGUGGAAGACUUUCGCUUGGAUACAGUACAAAUCAAGCACGGCGAUGUGCUAGUGCUCGGGUCUGACGGCCUCUUCGACAAUCUCAGUGACGAGGCCAUCACCAAUAUCGUGCAGCGCCACUGCACGCAGUGCAGCUUCGACGAUCAAGGUCAUGGGUCUGCGAGAUCGCGGAGUCGCCCGUUGGUCCAGCAGCUGCCGGUAUUGUACAAAGGUCGUCCGAUUCCUUCUGUGUUGCAGCUGCAGCAAGCCGCCACUAGCUUGGUCGAUGCCGCGAUCCAGAAUGUCAUUCUCGUUGCAGACCAACCGGCAGCCAUGCCGCUGGUGGCGCGAGGUAACCCAGACGAUACUACUGCCAUUGUUGCGGUAGUUGUCGAGGAAGGCAGAAACACAGACAGCGACAGUGAGAUCGAGCUGCAUGAUGUUUAUCCAGAUGCUGAAGCGAUGCUGAACAAGGUUGCCUGUCCAGAUCAACGAGUCUGCAGCGCAGGAAUUUGGCCUGUAUGCUGUUAUGCAGCAGCCAUCGAUCGCGACGACAAUGAAGACUCAGAGGCAGAGGUGUCGAGUGAGCAUCCGGACACCGAGCACGGGCAGGUGCCAUCUUGCUGCAUCAGCUGA